AAAAAAUUCAAAUCCUGUCAAAUAAAAAAGUUUCAAAAUUUACCAAUAGCAAUAUCACACAAACUUUUUGGAAGAAAGGAGAAAAUAUAUAAAAAAAAAAAAUUCUUGACAGAAAAUGACAGAAAAAUUACAGGAAAAGAGCAAUAAAUCAGAGUUUUCUAGUGAAAGAAAAAGAAUCGAUACCGAAGAAGCGAAGAAGUCUGAGAGGUUAAAUGCAAUCAGCAAAAAGAAAGAGGAAAGGCUGCUUGAGGUGAAACGUGACUUGGAGGAGAAACUUCGAAGAAGACUGAUUGUAAAGAAUUCAGAUUUGAAAAAGAAGGCGAAAGAACAAGAAAGGAAAUUCAGAAAUCAAAAGAAAUCUUUCAGCGAAAAGCAAAUGACACAAAUUCGCAAUGAAAUGAAAGAAAUAAUGAAAUCAGGAAUAGAAAGUGUGAGAGGGGAGAAAAUAAUAGCGGAAAAAGUGAAAUUCGACGGCAAUGAUAAAUUGACAAUUGGAAAAGUGAAAUAUAAAUUAAAAAAUAACGUACAUAUGAUAGGUUGGGGAAUGGAGACAGCAAUAAUUGGAGUUGCCUUUGAGAAAUUGAUAGGAGAACAAAUGAAAAAAGGAUUUUUGAUUGUGUCAAAAAAAGAAAUUUCUUCAAUAAAUUAUUAUAAAUCAUUGCAAUUUGAUACAAUGAUAACAUAUUUUGAAGUGGAUGAUCAUCGAGAAAUAAUAGAGGCCAAUAAAAUGAUAUUUGAGUAUUGUAAAAAAUUGAAGAAAACAGAUAUUCUUGUAGUUAUUCUUUCAGCGGGAACGAAUGAUCUUCUCUGUUUGCCAAGGGGCAAUAUUGGCGUUAAAGAGAAGAUUCAUUUCUUGAGAGAAAUGAAAAACGCGAAUGCCACCAAGGAAGAAAUUAAUAUCAUAAGAAAGAAACUCUCACUGAUAAGAGGAAGCGGACUGGCGAGAAUAGCAUUCCCAGCGAAGGUAAUUACCAUAAUUAUGUCGGACGUUCCUGGAGACAAUAUCAACGAAAUAGCUGGAGCUCCAACUGUAAAUGAAUCAUGGACCAAUGAAGUAAAUGCAAUUUUGCAUAAGUAUCACUCACUGACGAUAAAUUUAUCUCUAUCCAUGAGACAAGUACUAAAUGAAAUUUCACCAUCAAUGCCAAAGAAAAUGUUGAGUAAAAGUGGAAAUUUUAAAUUUGUCGAUUAUCACAUUAUAGCGAGUAAUGUAGAUGCUAUGGAUUCUAUGGCAAAGGCUGCAUUUAAAUUGGGAUACAUUCCGAUUAAAGUGAAUUCUAAAUGUGUUGGUACAUCACAAAAGAUGAGUCGUGAGUAUGUGAAAUUUGUAUCCUUAAUGAUUUUGUUUGUUGAGGGGAAAAUUUCAAAAUUGGAAUUCCAUAAAUCGAUGAUGCAAAUAAAUAGAAGAAUAUUGCCAUUAGAUGAUAAAGUAAGGGAAAUAUUUCCAUCAAAGGAAAAAUGGGGAUUUGGUUUAUAUCUUAUAUUGGGAGGAAGAGGAUCAGUGAAUGUUGCUGAUGCACAAUGGCAGGGACAAGGUGGUCCAAAUCAGGAGCUUGCUUUAUAUUUUUCAAUCUAUUGGUAUCUGAAAUGUCGUCAGUAUCCUAUUUUAAAUGAUUAUAAUGUUUGGUUUUUGGGUUGUGCCUCAUCGGGUAAAGAUGGUAAUUCUCAUGUUGCUGGGGCUUUUGGUUAUAAGACACUUGUCAGUGGAGUUUGUGAAAAAUUUCACGAAUUUUGCAAUCUUCAUCUCGAGGCAAAAUUAAUGAUGAUGGAUUUGGAUCCCAAUAAUAAGGAAAACGAGGAAUUUAUACAACUAAUGGAGAAUUUAAGUAAUGAAAUAAGAAAAGUAGAGAAAAUUUUACCACAUGAAAUCCUGAGCAAAAAUAAUACAAAUUUUUUCUUUAAUAACAUCAAUGACGGUGAAGAAAUUUUGAAAAUUGAUAACGAAACGGAUUCCAUUUUCACGAAUGUUAGAGAUUUACACUUGAUUCGAAUAGUUCGUUAUCAAUGCAAUUGUGAUGGAUCUUGUUUUUACAAUAGAACACAAAUUCCUCAAAAUUCUACCAUCUCAAAUCAAAAUUUGAAUAAAAAAUAUCCAUGUUGUGGAAAAAUUGGAUCACCUAAAGAAUCAAAUUUCUAAAUAUUUAAGAAUAGAAAUUAAUUUUUUCAAAAAAGGAAAAUUUUUUUUAAUAAUUAAAAAUUUCCUUAAUUUUAUUAUUAUAAAUGAAAAUAUUAAUGUUGCAAAAUUUAUCUUGAUGAA